AAGAACGAGCCAAAUCGGCCAUUGUGUGGCGAAGCUCUAACGGCAGGUGGCCUGAAUACCUUACUGGAGGGCAUCAAGCAAAUCGAAAAUAAAAUACCGACGAUAGUUUUGGAAACCCUCAUGUUGAAGGACCUUGGAUAACAACUUCCGAGCACACGUGAAAUUGAACAUUACACCCCCUGCCCCCCCCUGACAUUUUUUUAAUCAACGAAAGGGACACCACUUGGGAUCUAGCCUAGUAGCGCCAUGUCUCACAGAAGCCGCAGCGGAUCGCCGUCUGGCUCUGUUCGCUCGUGCACCAACAGCCAAAAUCCCCGCGAUUUGGAGAGGAGGAUUUUUGUGGGGAAUUUGCCUACAUCGCUCAUGGACAAGAAGGAUAUGGAGAAUCUGUUCAGUGGCUAUGGGAAGAUUCAUGCCCUGUCCUUGUUCCAUGGGUACGGAUUUGUGCAGUUUGAACGCGUUGAGGACGCAGAGGCUGCGAAGGCGGGACACAAUGGUCGCCUUUAUAAAGGGUAUAAAAUAGCUAUAAAUAUGGCAGCGGAGCGACAACGACAGAAUAAAGCUCAAUCCCGGCCGAGCCCUCCAAGAAGAGAGCCGUACAUUGGUUACGGGGACGGCAGGGAGCCCCGGCCUCGCUCUCGCUCGCCUGCGCACGGGCGCGACUCCCGUGACCACCGGGCUAGCCGAGAGCACUCGCGGGAGUCCGGUCGUGAGCCUCGGCCAAGUCACCCUAGGGAUCAUCACGAUCCACGAGACCCCGGCUAUGACCGCUACCGCUCCUCUGAGGGCAGGGAGAAGGAUCCCAGGGGUGAACCUCGUGGAGAGCCGGCCUUCAGAGGGGAGGGUUAUGAUCGGUAUUACCGUGGGGGUGCCGAGGAGCACCACCGCAAGAAGGAAGACCCAUACAGAGACCCGUACAGGGAUCCAUGGAAUGGCCGACGAGAACCAGAAGGUAAAGAGGACCGUGUGCGGUUAGAGGAGCGGCGCCGAAACGAGCUGUACCGGCAAUACUACGAGGAAGUCCAGCGGCAGUAUGACCGGGAGCGCCCUGUCGACUGCUCGGUCAUCGUCGUCAACAAGGCGCAGAAUAGGGAGUAUGCUGAGACGGUGGGGCGGAAGGUGCGCGACCUGGGGAUGGUGGUGGACCUGAUCUUCCUCAACACCGAGGUCUCGCUGACCCAGGCACUGGAGGACGUGGGCCGUGCGCGCACACCCUUCGCCAUCAUCAUCACUCAGCAGCACCAGGUCCACCGCUCCUGCACCGUCAACAUCCUCUUCGGCACGCCCCAAGAGCAUCGCAACAUGCCCAUGGAGGACGCCAUGGUCCUCGUGGCUCUCAACUACGACUCCUUUAAGGUGGAGCAUCGUGAGAAGGAGCGUGAGGAAAUCGCUCAGAAGGCUGCCAAGAUGGCUGACGAUGUGUUGAUGAGGGAACACGAGAGGGAGGGCCACCCAGUCACCCUACUGCCUGCCAUUACUCUGCUGUCUGAGUGCCGGUACUUGACUCCAGAGGAGAUGGACAGUCUUAUAGAGUAUUUGAGGGUCAAGAAAGAACGAAUUGUACGAGCCGACCCUCUUGCAGUGCAUCCUACCGUGACGGCUGGCGUCCAUGAGACCCCCCCCCAGAUGCCUUCUACUGCCCACGCGCCGCCUCCACACGGCGCCCACAUGGGCAUGCCCCCAACGCAGAACCCCAAUGCCGCCGCGAACCACCAGCAGGAGCUGCAGGCCAAGAUCCUCAGCCUGUUUAACAGUGGCGCCGGAGCGUCUGCCUCCGCCUCCAGCUCCUCCAUGGCGCCUCAGGCCUAUGGCUCCUCCAUGGGCGGCCAGGCCGGGGGCCUCCCGAUGUCCUCCGCCUCAUCCAACAUGGCCACCGCAGUGUCCCAAGUCCCUCGGGCUCCCAUGCGCCCCGGCCCGGUGGCCCCCCUCGGCCCGCAGAGUUACGGUUCACCCCCGGGCCGCAUGGCUGCUCCCCAGGGCGGGCAGAGGCUGCCCGGUUCAGGUGGGGCCGGCAUUAACUUUGACAACCCCAGCGUCCAGAAAGCCCUGGACACGCUCAUUCAGAGUGGACCCUCUCUCAACCACCUGGUGAAUGCCGGGAGUGCCCCUUCCUCUCGGCCUAGCCAGGGCAUGGGUCAGGGCAUGGGUCAGGGCAUGGGUCAGGGCAUGGGUCAGGGCAUGGGUCAGGGCAUGGGCCAGGGCAUGGGCCAGGGCAUGGGAAUGGGGCAACCUCCCCCCAUGUCAAUGUAUCCCCGUCAUUACUGAUGAUUCCCGCUACGAUGCGAUUGAGUCGCCGAUUUGGCUUCUGUUAAACUGAUGUUCCACAAUUAAAAUGAUGUAGACCAGUGCUUCUCAGCUCUCAGCCUGGGGACCAGGAAUGCCGCUAGUUCCCUUAUUGAGCCUGGUUUUCCCGAGUCUAAAUCGGUUUCGGAUUUGACUGCCAUAAUAAAACAAACAGCAGUGCUCAGGGUCCCAAGGCUUGGAAUGACAAACCACUGAUGUAGACUGUAUUUUGGGUUUAUUAUUUUAAUUUUGCAUUAGAAAAUGUUUUUAAAGAUUAGUUUUUAUCUAUGUAUUGUUCCUCGGUUAUUAAGAUUAUUUGAAAGUCAGACUUUUUCAGUUGUAACAUUCUUUUUUUCUUUCUGGUUAGUAUAUUGUUGUAAAAACUUAAUUGCAUGUCUGAAGAUAUUAAGGAUUCUGAUUAACUUGUUUCUCACCCACGAUCUUGUUAGGACGAUAUGGGGUUUAUUCAUUCCAAAAGUUCUGUUGCAAAAUCUCUUCCAGUGGAAGGAAAUGAGAUUUUAAGGGAAUCUGUCACGGAAACAAUGUUUUUUUGCAACGUAAUUGGCGGAACAAAUGCUCCUCAAAUGUUGGCCUGUGACAGUUCUACACAGCAAAACUUUUUUACAACUUUGUGUGAUUGUAAAUACUAGCAGUGCUCCUAAAAUAAACGUUUCAAUGUGA